UUUGCUGAAAUAUGCUCAGCCUUGUGCGAGAAGCAGAAGAGUUCCAGCAGCCCUUUUCAGUGUUUCACUGCAGAUAUGAAGCUGUUGCUCCUCGUCACUUUUGUUGCACUGGCUGAGUUUGACUACAAAAGAAGAAGUGCACUCUCAUGUCCAAAUUUGUGCUCCUGCUCUACUGAGUCUUCAUCUGCUGAGGUGGUGUGCAGCAAAGGCGGCCUGACGGGAUUCCCCAAAAGUGGUUUACCUCCCAACACCACAACUUUGUCCAUCCAAAAUACAAACCUUGGCAGGAUUGCUGCUGGUGAUCUGAGUGCCGUGCCUUCCCUAAACUACCUGCAGCUGUAUCACACCAGUCUGCCGAGCCUUCCCUCGGAUCUGCUGGUCUCCGUACCUCGCUUGGACACUUUGGAUCUCACAGGAAACGAGCUGGUCAAUCUACCUGCAAACGUCUUCAAUCACGGCUCGCUUCACAGCCUGGUGGUGAGAAAUAAUCGGCUGGUGGAAGCAAACCCGGCAUGGUUUUCUGACAACAGCAGCCUCCUCCAUCUGGAUUUGUCCGGUAAUCAGCUAACCAGCAUCUCUGCUGCUCUGCUACACAAGCUGCCCCUGCUGCAGACCCUGGACCUUGACGGUAACAAUCUGCAAGAGCUACCGGCGGACGUGUUCAGGAGCCUGCGCCACCUGGAGACACUAAAUCUGGCUGGGAACAAAUUAAUAACUUUAAAACCUCAAACAUUUGCUCACAAUCUCAAGCUGAAACACCUGUACCUGCAGGAGAAUCGGCUUCAGGAUCUGCCGGCGAACCUUCUGCAUAGACUGCAGCAGCUUGAGUUUCUGCUGCUGAAUCAGAAUCAGCUACGCCACCUCCCCACGGGCCUGCUGGAUGGGGCAAAUCCCUCUUUGCAGAUAAUCCUGACUGGGAACCCCUGGGAGUGUGAUGGGAAGAUGGAGUACCUGUGGAAGUGGCUCACCGACCAUCGGCAAAAUGUUCCCUUUGAGGCGGAGGUGACCUGUGACCAACCAAAGACACUGAAGAAUCUGCAAGUUUCAUCUUUAAAUGACAGUCAGCUUGGCGUAAGACGACAAUAGAUGAGUGCAAUGAAAAAAUACCGCAAAGUGAAUAAUAUUUCAUUCCCUUUAGUCAUAUUAAAAGAUAUUUUAAAAAAAUACUGAUAAAUAUUGCAGUGCUUUCCUAAGACCUUCUCUAAUUUUCCUAAUUUUUCUUGUCUUUAAAGCCCUCUAAGUGGCUGCCAUGAGUCAGUUUACACUCACCAGCCACUUUAUCGGGUACAUCUGUCCAACUGCUCGUUAACGCAAAUUUCAAUCAGCCAAUCAAAUGGCAGCAACUCAAUGCAUUUCAGCAUGUAGACAUGGUCAAGGCGAUCUGCUGCAGUCCAAACCGAGCAUCAGAAUGGGGAUGAAAGUUGAUUUAAGUGACUUUAUAAGUGUCUUUGAACAAUGACAAUGACAAUGAGUUCACUGUACUCAGAUGGCCUCCACAGUCACCAGAUCGCAAUCCAAUAGAGCAGCUUUGGGAUGUGGUGGAAGGGGAGAUUUGCAUCAUGGAUGUGCAGCCAACAAAUCUGCAGCAUCUGCGUGAUGCUAUCAUGUCAAUAUGGACCAAACUCUCUGAGGAAUGUUUCCAGUACCUUGUUGAUUCUAUGCCACGAAGGAUUAAGGCAGUUCUGAAGGCAAAAGGGGUCCAACCCUGUACUAGCAAGGUGUUCCUAAUAAAGUGGCAGGUUAGAGUAUAUCACCUUUAAAAAAAAAGUAUUCAAACUGUUUGAAAUUGUGUCAUGUGGCAGCCAAAAACUUCAAUGUAUUCUAUUGCCUUUGUGAUAGACAAGAUGCAAAGUAGUCCAUCAUUGGAAAGUGGAAAUAAUAACAUGCAUGCUAUGCCAAUUAUUUUACAAUAAAGAAUCUGAAAUGUG